CUUCACAAAUCCCAUAUAAUCAAUAAGGAAUUCUUUCAACUACUUAGCUUAGAGCUGGACGAAUCCAUCAUUUAUAAAUAUGGGAUUUGCCAACAUUCUCUCCACCCUUUGUUUAUUGGGGCUAACCCUAACCCUAACCCUAACCCUAACCCUAGCUUCUACUGCUCCCAGCUUGGCCAAAAGCUCCCCCAAAAACUACAUUGACGCACACAAUGCCGUCCGUGCAGCGGUUGGCGUCGAGCCUCUUCAUUGGAACUCGACUUUGGCUGAUUAUGCUCAAAAUUACGCCAACACGAAGAUCGCUACUUGUCAAAUGGAGCACUCGGGAGGACCGUAUGGCGAAAACCUAGCAGAGGGAAACGAAGUAAUGACAGCUGAGACAGCAGUGAGUCUCUGGGCCGACGAGAAGAAACAUUACGACUACAAUUCGAAUACGUGCAGCAAUGACCCUAGCAAUUGCCUCCAUUAUACACAGUUGGUAUGGAGUAACACAAAAUCUGUUGGUUGUGCACAAGUGAAAUGCCAAAACAAUUGGGUGUUUUUGAUAUGCAGCUAUUAUCCUCCAGGCAACUAUAAUGGCCAACGUCCAUAUUAAACUUUUAGAGGGGUGAGUACAAGCUAAGGCUUCUUUUUUAUUCAUUAGAAACUGUCUAAAGAAAGAAGAAACAAAAUUGGAGAGAUUUGUUCUUUAAAAAGUAUUAUAUUUUAACUAUUACUACUACUUUUUAUAAUUGACUCUAUUCGGAUUAUAUUUUUAAUCUGAAAGAUCAAUUGUAGAUUAUGGCUUUCUUGCUGCUUGGGAUAGCAGUUUGUAAUGCAAACAUACAAAUAUUUUUUGAAUCAUAGUAAUUUCAA